GAAAUCCCCGAGGGGUUGGGUCGUGUGCGCAGAAUUAAACGUGGGCUGCUGCGCAGGUAUAUCUGCCUCCACUGUAGCAGACAACGUUAGUAACCAACAGUCACGGGAGUGAAGAGGACGGUUCAUGGAUUGAUCCAACCACCCUGACUGGGAUAUACAUUUGAUAUUGGUAAAGAUUUACUUGCACCUCAUACACUUAGACUUGGUGCCCCUCAGUGCUUGUUUGAGUGACCAACAUGAUUGUUAAGGCUGAGGGCACUGGAGAACUGCCGCAAGAAAAAGAAACCACCAUGGCUAUCUCCUCGUCACUUAUACAGCUGCUGCGUUCGUGUAAUUCUUUCCUGGUGCAAGGAGCCAAGAGCACAACUGGGUCAACAACUGAGCACAACACUGGUUUCAGGCGAGGUAAAGAAAUCUGUCAGCCUGAAGUUGGAGAUUUCAGUAGACGAAUUAGGAUAUUGUCGAGCAUUCCGCAGUUCACUGACAACGGCAGCUUGAAAUUAAGAUUUUAUUCUCAUGCCUUUUAUUUGUUAGCUCUUCUAGGUGUGCGUGCAUUUGGUGUACACAUCAUGGGAUAUACAAGAGUGCCUGAAGAUGGCAGUAUGAAGAUUUGGGUGCAAAAACGAUCUUUGGACAAACCAACAUAUCCUGGCAUGAUGGAUACCAUGGUUGGAGGUGGCAUCACUGCAGGGCUUCAACCCUUUCAAGUAAUGUUAAAGGAAGCACAUGAAGAAGCUGCAAUCCCUGAAAAUAUUGCAAAAAUGGCACAAGCUGCAGGAACAGUUACAUUCUUUACAGAGACUGAGCGUGGUCUGCAUGCCAAUACUGAGUUUGUGUAUGAUUUGGAGUUGCCUCCAGAUUUUGUGCCAUGCAACAAUGAUGGAGAAGUAGAAGGCUUUGAAGCUGUAUCUGUGGAAGAAUUUUUGGAGUGUGUGACAUCGAUUAAGUACAAGCUAACUUCAGUUCCUGUUGGCAUUGACUUCCUUGUGCGACAUGGAUUUAUCACACCAGAAACUGAACCAGAAUACCCAGCUCUCGUAGAACUACUUCAUGCCCCUCUUGACCAAUUAUACCGUAGAUGGCCUCAAAGGAAUUCUCCUAGAGUCUUUCCAAUAAAUUAAGUCAGCGGUACAGUAUAUAGUCAUUACAGGAACCAGUAUUAUUUGGUAUAUGUGAUAUUUGGUUUUGUAAAAUGUAAUGUCUAAAUUUUAUUCUUGUAAUUAUAUUAAUCACAUUCAUUUCUUAUUUUAACAAGCCAUUUUAACUAAAAUACUUAUAUUAAAAAGUUAAUGGUGAAAGCCAUUUGCCUUUAUCAUAAAUAGUUUUAGGAAACAUUCGAGUUUUUAAUGUAAGCUUUUGAAGGGCUGAUCAUUAAAUUCGUAAGUGUUAAACUUUCAUGUAUCAAAGAUAGUGCUGUGAAAUGCUGAAUAUAGUUUGAAGUCACGCUUGUCUAAGUAUACAGUAUAUGACAAAGGUGCUUGUUGUUAUACGGGUCCAAGAAGUUUCUUGCAGUGAUGCGCUAAUGUGGAAAACUGUGUAGGUCAGGAUUGUAGAGAAAAAUUAGUUUACAAAAAGACUAUAUGUAUAUAAAAUAGAGGUGCAUGAGUUUUAUCUCCAGGAAAGACAAUACUCUGGUAAUAAAAUAAAUGCCCACUUUUAUUUGUUAAAAUUAAUAAUUUAGAAAUAUUACACUUGGCCUUUGAUCCUGCAUCUCCGUUAUUUAAAGCACAUAGUAUAUCUUUGAGUAGUGACAUUGCCAGCAUAUUUUAAAGUGAUUCAUGUAGAACCAUAAUAAAUAAAUAAAUAUAUAUAUAUAUAUACUACAUUCAUAUAUAUAAAUGUAUACAGUGGACCCCCGUGUUUCGGCGGCCAUUACUUUCGUGAAAUCUGACUCGGCAACUUUUUUCAUCAAAAUAUAGCCUCGCGGUUCCUGAUUGGUCCAUCGUACAGGAUGUGUAUGUGCAGCCAGGAGUGGCUGAGCAUACACAAAGGCUCCCACACAAACAUUCAGAGAGUCAGUGCGGCAUGACUGAUGGGCGAGUGACCAUCACCCCAUUGUUUUUUGUGCUUGCAACUGCUAAAUAAGCCACCAUGGGCCCAAAGAAAGCUCAUAGUGCCAGCCCUUUGGUAGAGAAGGAAAGAAACACGAUAGAAUUCAAGAAAAAACUUGUUGCAAGGUAGCAAAGUGGAGGAGGAAGAGAGAAGGGAGAAUGUGCCUUCUUCACUGAUUCAGCGAUUCUACGAUAUGUACGAUACUAAAGCAGCAGGUACCAAUAAAGGCUAUAGUGCCAGCCAGCGAUAAAGUGUAGUAUUAACAGUGUAGCAAGUAAGUUAAGCAAUUAAGUGAUAAAAAAAAAACACGAAAGUAACUCUCCAAUGUUGUUGGAGGUGUAUAGGGCCACUGAACAUAUGCUGCCCUGCUAUCUUCCACCAUCCUAAAUCUUUGCCAGCAUCUCCUCCAUCAAACUAAUUAAACUAGCAUCUCCUCCAAGGUAAGCAUAAAUAUUUAUUUAUAAAGUGUAAAUAUUUCUUAUUUAUAAAUUAAAGUGUAAAUAUCUCUUAUUUAUAAAUUAUGUACAUUGUUUGUGUGAAUAAUGGUGGUGGCUUCUGCUGCAGCCUCCACCACCGCUAAUAUGUAUGGCUUCUCUCAGUGGCCCUUCUAAACCCAACAACACCAUCACCACUCGUGACAUACGGAAUGACAUAUUUUAUUAAUUCUAGAGUAUAUAUCAUGUUUCUAUGUUAUUAAUAUUGUUUAUUAUGUCAUUCUAGAUGAAUUGUGAUAGAUAAAUAAGCCUUAGAGAUGAUAUUAGUCAUAUUGAAGCAUAAUAAAC